AUGCCUCUCCCGGGAGUCCCCAGAGCCAUGACUGCAACUGUGCAGACGCUGCGGUUCAAGCUGCUGCCGCACGAACCGGGCCAGGAGUGGGGGCACAGCUGCCAGCAGGAAAUUGAGCGUCGCUACCAGGUGGUGCCCUCGGUGGUGUGUGCCAUGUGCUGCCUCUUCGGCAUCAUCUACUGCUUUUUUGGCUACCGCUGCUUCAAGGCCGUCAUGUUCCUGACGGGGGUGAUGUUCGGCUCCAUCAUCAUCUUCAUGCUGUGCUACAAGGAGCGGGUGCUGGACACGCAGCUGAGCGUGGAGGCGUCGGUUGGCAUCGGGCUGGGCAUCGGGGUCCUGUGCGGGCUGGUCACCAUGCUGGUGCGCAGCGUCGGCCUCUUCAUGGUGGGGCUGCUCCUGGGGCUGGUUCUCGCCGCGGUAUCCACUGCCGUCUUCGGCAGCGCCAUCAUGACCGUCACCGUCGACUACUUCAUUGAGCUCUUCCUCUUGGUGCAGUACAUUUAUGAGCGCAUCAAGGUGGCCCCCCCUCGCCCCGUGUGCUGGUACAGCUGGGUCAUCCUGGGCGUCUGGCCACUCCUCACCACGCUGGGUGUCCUGGUCCAGUGG